AUGGUGGAUGGCUCUCCGCUGUAUCUUCAACGCUUCGCCAGCCACCAUAUUACCGGAGCGGAUGAUGAACAUCUGCAGGCGGAUAUACUGAAUCUUGUGCUGUCGUUUGCUUUACCAGCAGUUUCAUCCGAUACGAUGAAGCAAAUUAUGAGUGAAUCGUCGUACGAGGGUCGUGUUAGCAAAAUGCUAGAGCUCAGCACCGAUCAAAAUCCUUUCUCACCAGACUACAUCCGGACGAUGAUGCGUGUCUUGUUCUUCAGAUUGAAAGCAGCGAUGAAUAUGAGCACCGAGACGAAGCAAAAGUUGGUUUCUCAAAUGGUGUUAGUUCGUUCCGGCAUGAUCAACGAUAUCGAAGAGGACUACGGUUUGAGUGGAUUCACCACCGCAUCGCUUAUUGUGAAGAUAAUCGAUGGCACUCAUCAAACGAUGCUAUCGAACGCGGAAUUGAUCGAAAUCAUCAACAAGGACACCCUUUGAAAAGGUUCCUGCGGAGGGACACUGGUCCACUUAUUACACUUUGCGUAUUUAUGUAUCGUUACAUUAGUGAGCAAUAAAGCAG